UAUUAGCUCCCACCCUGAUGCAACUACGUCGCUGCGGCAUGAAGUCACCAACACGGAAACUGCUGGUGUCACCAAUACCACCAAUAACACAAUUACCCCUGGUGCGGCCGUUGCCCCCAGGGCAGCAGCUGCUCUCGUUUACUCACCGCCGGUUGCUAUGAUGGGUUCUUCGGUUUGCUCUAGCCCGGGCCAGGCCUAACUACUCUGCAGACAGCAGCAGUCCAGAAGGAAUACAUAAAGUACAAAAAGAAGACCCUGAGAUUCUCCAUCUGGGAGCCAUGGAUCUGAAAUUCAAUAAUUCCCGGAAAUAUAUUUCCAUCAGUAUUCCUUCUAAAUCAGACACCAUGUCACCACAUAUUAAGUCUGUAGAUGAUAUCCGCGUGCUUGGUAUUAAUCUGAGCCAAUUUCAAAAGCAUACUCAGUUUUUUAUUUGUGUUUGUGGAGUUUUUGUUUUUUAUUUAAUUUAUGGAUACUUACAGGAACUCAUAUUUUCAGUGGAGGGUUUCAAGCCUUUUGGCUGGUACUUAACCUUAGUGCAAUUUGCAUUUUACUCUAUAUUUGGCUUGGUAGAACUGCAGCUGACGCAGGAUAAGCAAAGACGAAUACCUGCAAAAACCUACAUGAUCAUAGCUUUCCUCACGGUGGGGACUAUGGGUCUGUCGAACACUUCCCUGGGAUAUCUGAAUUAUCCUACUCAGGUUAUUUUUAAAUGCUGUAAACUGAUCCCAGUCAUGAUUGGAGGAGUUUUUAUACAAGGAAAGCGAUAUAAUAUUGCAGAUGUGUCAGCAGCUGUUUGUAUGAGUAUUGGUCUCAUAUGGUUUACAUUAGCGGACAGCACAGUAGCACCAAACUUCAACUUAACAGGUGUGUUGCUUAUCUCAUUGGCCCUCUGCGCUGAUGCUGCCAUAGGAAAUGUUCAAGAAAAAGCCAUGAAGCUACAUAACGGAUCUAACUCUGAAAUGGUUCUGUAUUCCUAUUCAAUAGGAUUUGUUUACAUUUUGCUGGGAUUGGCAUCCACUAGUGGACUGAGCCCUGCAGUAGCAUUCUGUUCCAAGCAUCCAUUUCAGACAUAUGGAUAUGCAUUCUUCUUUUCCCUGACGGGCUAUUUUGGAAUCUCUUUCGUUUUGGCCUUGAUAAAACUUUUUGGUGCUCUUCUUGCAGUAACAGUAACAACGGGGAGAAAAGCAAUGACUAUUGUUCUUUCCUUCUUGUUCUUUGCAAAACCAUUCACUAUUCAGUAUAUAUGGUCUGGCUUGUUGGUUGUACUUGGAAUUUUUUUGAAUGUUUACAGCAAGAACAUGGAUAAAAUGAAGCUUUCCCAGCUUUACAGCUUUCUAAAGAAGAAAUGUGUAGAAGGAAAAACAAGGACGUUCUCUCAGACUGUAUAAAUCAUUUUAGUUUUUUUUUCUUUUUUUAUAAUUACUACAAUCAUUAAAUGAUUCUAUUUUUCCAAAGGGAAUAUGAAAACACGUAUAAGCGGGUUAAGGCACAUUGCCUGUUUGUUACUGCAGAGAAUUAUUGUAUGGAAAAGGGAGUCCUUUCCUGAACUCUGCAGCCUAGUGAACAUUUUUACAAAAUAAUGGACCACUGCACAUAUUUAAAAGGCGAACGCCACAUUGGAAACUCUCUGAAUGAACAUAAACAUAAUGGUUUCUUAUUGCAUUCCUUUUUCUAAUUAUCAUUAUUUAAAUAUUGCAGAUGAAUCUCACCAGUGUUUUAAAGACCAAUUAACCAAUGUUUUAAGGAAGCAAAUUAUGUUUAAAAAAAACAAUGACAAAAACACACAAAUAUGAACAGUGUGGCCUGUUUCAGUUUUGAGCAUGGACAAUUUUAUGAAUAAUAAAAAUAAUAAAAUUCCA